AUGGAGGUAAAACCGCCACCCAGUCGCCCCCAGCCCGACUCCGGCCGUCGUCGCAGCCACCAGCGGGAGGAGGGCCAUGAUCCAAAGGAACCAGAACAGUUGAGAAAACUGUUUAUUGGUGGUCUGAGCUUUGAAACUACAGAUGAUAGCUUAAGAGAACAUUUUGAGAAAUGGGGCACACUGACAGAUUGUGUGGUGAUGAGAGACCCCCAAACAAAACGUUCCAGGGGCUUUGGUUUUGUGACUUACUCUUGUGUUGAAGAGAUGGAUGCAGCAAUGUGCGCUCGACCACACAAGGUGGAUGGGCGUGUAGUGGAACCAAAGAGAGCUGUUUCUAGAGAGGAUUCUGUAAAGCCUGGAGCCCAUCUAACAGUGAAGAAAAUUUUUGUUGGUGGUAUUAAAGAAGAUACAGAAGAAUAUAAUUUGAGAGACUACUUUGAAAAGUAUGGCAAGAUUGAAACCAUAGAAGUUAUGGAAGACAGGCAGAGUGGAAAAAAGAGAGGAUUUGCUUUUGUAACUUUUGAUGAUCAUGAUACAGUUGAUGAAAUUGUUGUUCAGAAAUACCACACUAUUAAUGGGCAUAAUUGUGACGUGAAAAAGGCCCUUUCUAAACAAGAGAUGCAAUCUUCUGGAUCACAGAGAGGUCGUGGAGGUGCAUCUGGCAACUUUACGGGUCGUGGAGGAAACUUUGGAGGUGGAGGAGGUAACUUUGGCCGUGGUGGAAACUUUGGUGGGAGAGGAGGCUAUGGUGGUAGGGGUGGUGGCAGUAGAGGUAGUUAUGGAGGAGGUGAUAGUGGAUAUAAUGGAUUUGGAGGUGAUGGUAACUAUGGUGGUGGUGGGAACUAUAAUGAUUUUGGAAAUUAUAGUGAACAACAGCAAUCAAAUUAUGGACCCAUGAAGGGGGGCAGUUUUGGUGGAAGAAGCUUGGGCAGUCCCUAUGGUGGUGGUUAUGGAUCUGGUGGUGGAAGUGGUGGAUAUGGUAGCAGAAGGUUCUAAAAACUCAGAAGAAAAGGGCUACAGUUCUUAGCAGGAGAGAGAGAGAGGAGUUGUCAGGAAAGCUGCAGGUUACUUUGAGACAGUCGUCCCAAAUGCAUUAGAGGAACUGUAAAAAUCUGCCACAGGAGGAACGAUGAUCCAUAGUCAGAAAAGUUACUGCAGCUUAAACAAGAAACCCUUCUUGUUCAGGACUGUCAUAGCCACAGUUUGCAAAAAGU